AUGGCACUAUGUCUCUGUCAGCAGUCGAAGAUCAGUGGAGCCCAAGAACUUAUCCGCUUGCUGUUUGAUAUAGACCUCCUUCAUCUUCUAAUUGACUUGAACAUUCGCUCCCGUAAAAUUCCAAAGGGAAAUAUGAAACGGACAAAGAAAUACGCGAGCCAAGUCAAUGGCAAGGAGAUCAUACCUGGAACUUCACAGCUCUUGGAGACUUGUGGCCGUAGUAGUGCGGCUUCCGGAACCGAAGGAACACUUGAGCUGUGGGAUAAAACCCAACGGAUCUGUAAGCUCUACUGGGACUGCCCGUGGGGUAGCAAAGUCAACAAAUUCAAGGUUCAAGAGAAGUACAAAACAUACCGAGUUGAAGUUGGGCCUUGGAAUUCCUACGGUGGGGCUCUAGGAAAUGUGGAUGUUGAGAUUUCAAGGAAGAGAGCAUAG